AUGCGCUUCAACAACUGGGCUUCGCAGUCUUCGGAAGCCCUCCACAUUGAUAGUCAUGAUAUCUAUCGGCAGCGGGUGCUCGGCACAGAGUCUGGAAUCAACCAGUUUAUCAAGAUGGAUGACAAAAAGCAACUUAGUGUACUUUCGAUGCUCAUUUAUGUUCUCUUAAUAGCUAGCGCGAUGAACUUCGUCUGGAAAUCAGGUGUUAUCGAAUCCAAAUACUUGGUGACUCGGGCGGUCGAAAACUGGGUGAGCAGUCACCACUUCUCGCUGGACCUCACAAGGAAGUAUUUCCGUGAUAUCGACAGCGUGCCAGACGUGCAGGAUUGGCUGCGCUAUGCACUACCACGAAUCAUGGCACCGCCGUUGCAGCAGGCCAACUAUCCCCUCUAUGGGGUACGCUUCUCUCUUCGAAACGUGCAGGAAAUCAACAACACGGAGCCCCGCUUCCAACGGCGCGCGGGUGUGACGUGGAAGGACAAGGUUGGGCUCGAGACCUCGUCAUCUUCCGUUGCUGCCUUGACCGCAAGCUAUGAAAACGAUGACACCAGUAGCUUCGGUGUUUAUCGUGAGUAUGGCUUUAACUCUGCCUUCGCCGUGAAGCUGUUCAAUGGAGGAGGGGUGCAGGAAGUGGACCUCGGAUUGCUAGCCAACUUCAGCUUAGGUCUGCAGUGGUGUUCCAAAGAGUUCUCCAUUUGCUCUGGC